AUUUUCUGCACAGGGGCGCUGUUUCGAUGAAGUCCCAGCACAUGGUCGUCCUAGUUUUUCAGUCGUAUCAUACAGUUGCUUCUGUUCAAUGCCGAAGACGAUCAUUCGCGAUCUUAUUUAUACACAAGGAGCGAUUCUUCAUGAUUUUAUCGAAUUGCAGAAUUAGACGAGCUCUUGCGCCCCAUCCUUUCGUCUGCACCAUUUCUGUGGUUGCCCAAUUCUCGCUAGGGAGUAAUUGGCGGCGGCAUAGGAUUGCUUGCUGAGAAGCGAAUUCUGUUCGACGUGUCACUUUGUUAAGCGCUUGUAGCAUUUCCUGUUUCAAAAUGACGGUCUGCUCCCUCGCCGGAGACCCCGUUGAGUCACCGACACAAGCGGUCUUUCCGGCGUACAGGCACAAGUUUAAAAGCAAGCCCGUAAAGGAAAUCCUUAAAUCCGUGUUGCAUGGGCAACUCGAAGGCGUAGAAUAUAAUGCAGAAGAGUCCCCACUUCUGACAAAACAGAUCGCCAACGAAAUCAAAGACAGGCUCAAAGACCUCGACGUGCCUCGGUACAAAAUCCUCGUCAACGUCAUUCUGGGGGAACAGCGAGGGCAAGGCGUCAGACUGGGAAGACGGUGCUUUUGGGACAACAAUACGGACUCAGUUGCAAAUGAAUCUUUUGUGAACGAUCACCUGUUCUGCAUCGCGACAGCGUAUGCAGUGUACCUGUACUGA